CGAUUUAAUUUUCACAGUGUUUGUGACGUUUUCCGGCGGCCCCGACGUGACUUCCGCGUUUUCAACAGUGUGCAAGGCCAGGGGAUCUGAUCUGAUCACCGUUUUCACGUUCAUAGCUCAAUGGAGGCGGAGAAAGUGGUUCUUCCUACCACUGAAGCUGGUCUUGAUCCACUUCAUUAUCUCAAAUCAACAGACCCACCUCUCUGGCUUGCUCCAAGCCCUUCCCUGUCUAAAGUUGCUCGCCUUGCCUCACAUAACUUAUUUGCUAUGCUGAAACCUUUCAGUCCUAAAUCUCCAUUUGAUCAUCUCCUGGUUGAUGGAUUUGAUGCCGAGCAGAUAUGGCAACAAAUUGACCUCCAAUCCCAACCUCUUUUGGCAAGUAUUCGCCGGGAUUUGAAGCGGUUUGAGAAGAAUCCUGAAGUAAUUUCGAACCUGAAGGUGUCUUUGGAAGAUAAGAAGAAUGUUAUUCAAGAGAUGGCUAUAGGGUCGGGGGAAGGCAGCGAUGAAUUUGAAGAGGAUAUAAAGGAGUUAGAUGACGAAGACGACGAAGAUGAGGAGGAUGAGGAUGAAGAAGAGGACAGUGACGAUGAAGAAGAUGGAGACACUGAGGAGGGAGAGAAGGAAGUGAGUGACGGUGAAGUUGAGGGAGAAGAUGGUAGUGGUGGGAUUGAGGAUGGAUUUUUGAAAUUAAAAGAGCUAGAGGAGUUUAUGGAGGAGGAUGAGGGAAGAGAAUAUGGCUUACAGAAGAAGACAGAUGGUAAGAAGGGAAAGAAACAAAGGAAGACAGAAGAAGAAUCCGAGGACGAUGAAGAUGAAGAUGAUGAAGAUGAUGAGCUUGGGGAAUUCGACCUUCAUGGUGAGGAGGAUGGAGAUUCUAGCAAACUGGAAAAGGCAAGAUACGAAGACUUUUUUGGUGCUAAAAAGAAGAAUCAUGGGAGAACAAAGUCUAAAUUGAGGAAUGGAUCGGAGUCUGAAUUCUCAGAUUCAGGUGAUGAAGAGGAAGAUGAUGAUGAAGCACAUGCAGAACGGAAGUCUGAAAAUCUUUCAACUCAUCAAAAACAACUUAAGAAGCUUCAAUCUGAAAUAGAGAUGAUGGAGAAAGCAAACUUGGAGCCAAAAACGUGGACCAUGCAAGGAGAGGUAACCGCUGCAAAAAGACCUAAGAAUAGUGCUCUGGAAGUUGAUCUAGAUUUUGAGCACAAUGUGAGACCACCACCAGUAAUCACAGAAGAAGUUACAGCAACGUUGGAAGAGAUGAUCAAGAAAAGGAUCCUUGAGGGGCGUUUUGACGAAGUUCAGAAAGCACCUAAGCGACCUACUAAAGCACCCAGAGAAAUCAAAGACUUGGAUGAGAAUAAAAGCAAGAAAGGUCUUGGUGAACUAUACGAGGAAGAGUAUGUUGAAAAGACUAAUUUGGCUACUGCCCCAUCGACAUUCACGGAUGAAGCAAAGAAUGAGGCGAGCAUACUUUUCAAGAAACUUUGCUCCAAGCUGGAUGCUCUUUCCCAUUACCACUACGCACCGAAACCUGUUAUUGAGGAUAUGUCUAUAUCAGUGAAUGUCCCUGCUCUUGCAAUGGAAGAGGUUGCUCCCGUUGCUGUCUCGGAUGCAGCGAUGCUUGCUCCAGAGGAAGUUUUUUCAGGCAAAGGUGACAUCAAAGAAGCAGCUGAACUUACACAAUCCGACAGGAAGAGGAGGAGAGCCAGCAAGAAAAGGAAAUAUAAAGCUAUGGUGGCCAAAAGAGACGCGAAGAAGGCAGCAAGCAAUACUACAGUUCCAAAGCCCAAUGAAGGCCAAUGAAGACUGUAUUAGUUAUUGAGUGGUUCUUAAAAGUCUUUUCCAUUGACACGCUUCAUGAUCAUCCUGAGAGAAGGAAAAACUGGAAGGGAAUGGAAUUGUCUACUUAAUUUUGAGCAGCUGAGGAUGAAAUAGCUGAAGGAUGGGGAGUUGUUCCUUAUUUGUUUUCACUUGUGGCUUCCAAGGAAAGUAUUAUAUUGGUAGAGGUUGAAAGAAGGCGAUCCUCAGUGAUAGGUGAUUUUUAUACACACCCCUUUCCAUCAUAAGAGUUGCUAUAGCCACAAGUUAAUUACUUGAUUGAGUUUUUUACGAAGGAAACUUGAAAGAAAUUUAAACUUUUCUAGGAAAAUGACAAUACAAUGAUAUGAUGCCCCUUUUUGUGUA